UUCAUUGCUCAUCACAUUAUUUCAUGCGCCAAUCAUGGCUCCUUUCUCUGUCUACUACCGUUUCCUGGUGCAUGUAACAUACUCAAUGGUCUUUCGUGUAAUUCACAAUUCCUGAGGAAUAUAAAUUCUAGGCAACGGUAUGAAGGGUUACACAUCUUCUCGAUCUAUUCUCCUCAAGACGACAAAGUUGGAUACCACAAUGCAUGCGGCGAAGUGACGUCAUCCAUAGCAGGAGCCGAUCAGGAAUUCAAAGAAAGCGGCAAUCACGACCAGGUCAUGGCGAAUACAAUCGGUCUCCAGGCCAAUCUGAUCAGCAUGCACAAUGCGGGCGGGCGAUGA